GGCACCGAGCUUUUCCUUCUUCAAGCAACAUAUUUUUCCUCCCCUGUCCGCUUCGCUCGCCAGCCAGCCGCUCUGCUCUCCCCCUCUCCCUCUCCCUCUCCCUCUCCCUCUCCCCCACCUUCGUCGUGCUCGCCGCCAGCCCCGGACAGCGCCGGCCCAGCUCACCGGGAGGACAGCAAUGGAGCGGGGCCUCCCCCCCGUCCCCGUCCCCGCGGCGCGCGUGUAGCGGCUAUCCACGCUCCCUCCCCCCGCGCGGCUCCUCCCCUGCAAGAGCUGUUUUGAUCCGCGACCAUGGCGAUGGCGGCCUACAGCAACCAAGCGCAGGCGAUGAUGAGGGACUACCUGCUGGCCGACCCGCUCGUCCCCUACACCUCCGUGCUCAUCGGCGUUUUCCUCUGCAAGAUGGCUUAUGACCUCACACGGAUACUGAGCUCGUUUUACUUCAAGGGCUAUUCUUCUUUGACAAAAAUACAGCGUGUUGAAUGGAACAACAGGGGUAUGUCCAGUGCACAUGCGAUCUUUAUCGCAGCAGUAUCAGUAUAUCUUGUUGCAUCUACAGAUCUUUUCUCCGAUCGACUUAAUGGGCCUAUUACAUUCCGCAGUUCGAUCAUCUCCACCUCUGCAUUAGGGGUUUCUGUGGGUUACUUCAUCACUGAUCUUGCAAUGAUCUUCUGGUUGUUUCCUUCCCUUGGUGGAAUGGAAUAUGUACUCCAUCAUACUCUUUCUCUGGUUGCAAUAGCUUACACGAUGUUGUCAGGGGAGGGGCAGUUUUACACGUACAUGAUUCUUAUUUCAGAAACAACCACCCCUGAAAUCAACAUGAGAUGGUUCCUUGACACCGCUGGACUGAAGAAGUCGAGCGCCUACCUGAUUAAUGGUAUUUUGAUAUUUGUUGUAUGGCUGGUGGCAAGGAUAUUUUUGUUCUUGUAUGUAUUCUACCACAUCUAUUUGCACUACAGCCAGAUAAUGAAGAUGCACGCAUUUGGUUAUUACCUGACACUGACCGUGCCGUCGGUGCUCUUUGUCAUGAACGCAAUGUGGUUUAUGAAGAUUUUGAAAGGGGUGAUGAAAACACUGUCGAAAUGGUCAUAAUCGGAUUAGGCUCUGCAGACCAGAAGUGCAACUUAACUGGGUGUUCCUGCUGUGCUGCACUGCGUGUGACCCGAAUAUGUGAAGUUAUGAAUAUAUGAAUUAGGCUUUGCGGACCGGAAGUACAACGCCGACUUGGUUGGUGUUCCUGCAGUGCUGCUUGAGACCUUGAUGUGCAAAGUUAUGAACAUAUCGGCGUAACUAGGGAAAGUGAAUAUGUAAAAUACUAGCAAACAAGUUAGAUUAGGCUAAAUCGCGCUAUUUUCCGGUGAGCUGGGAUUUCCUGGCAUGUACUGAAGUUCCUAUUCCAAUCCUGCAAUCUGUGUAUACCAGGCCUGGAGAUAAUUCCAUUGCACCUCUUUUCAUACUAAAUUUGAUAAUCUAAUUUGAGAUAUUAUUUA